AUUUUGACGUUUACACAAUAAAAAAGAAGACGAAUGCAUGAAUGUAUUUGUGAUUGGUACAACUGUUCUUCACUAUCUUGUUGAGGCCUAGUUAAGUAUACAAAGGCCAAAAUGGGUAGGAGACCUGCGAGGUGUUAUCGAUAUUGUAAAAACAAGCCUUACCCGAAAUCUCGUUUCUGUAGAGGAGUCCCAGACCCAAAAAUCCGUAUUUUUGACUUGGGGAAGAAAAAGGCUACAGUAGAAGAUUUUCCUCUAUGCGUACAUUUAGUUUCCGACGAAUAUGAACAACUCAGUUCUGAAGCGCUGGAAGCAGGACGUAUUUGUUGUAACAAAUACUUGGUUAAAAAUUGUGGUAAAGAUCAAUUCCAUAUUCGUAUGAGACUUCAUCCUUUCCACGUUAUUAGAAUCAAUAAGAUGUUGUCCUGUGCUGGAGCUGAUAGGCUCCAGACUGGAAUGAGAGGUGCUUUUGGUAAACCCCAAGGUACUGUCGCUCGUGUACGUAUCGGUCAACCUAUUAUGAGUGUGCGUUCGAGCGACCGUUUCAAGGCUGCAGUAAUAGAAGCUCUCCGUCGUGCUAAAUUCAAGUUCCCAGGGCGUCAAAAGAUCUACGUUUCUAAAAAAUGGGGUUUCACUAAAUACGAUCGUGAACAGUACGAAAAUUUGAAACAACAAGGUAGAUUAGCACCAGAUGGUUGUAAUGUACAGUACAGGCCUGAACACGGUCCAUUAGCAGCUUGGAAGAAAGUGCAAGAAGACAUAUACGCAUAGUGAAAUUGUUUUCUAUUGGUGUCAAUAAAUUUAUUAAAUAAA